AUGCUUGACGGCCCCCAGUCGCAACGACCAACACAAGGAAACAUAUCUCUCGAUAGCCCUACCUCCGAUGAUAAUGAGACCUCAUUUAACCCACAAGAAACUAUUGAAUGGUCAAACGAAUCCCCGAUCCUUACAUCAGAUAUUAUCAACCAUUUUAUUGCGGUAUACAAAGCCAAAAUAUAUUUCCAACCACUUCCUUUAUUCUGUCUACAGACUCUACAGAAUGAGCUAGACGAAUCGCCUGAAUAUCUUCUAUGGAGCUUCGUCGCUUUGUGUCUUCACUAUACAAGUCAUGACUAUUUCACACGACCAAAAGAAGCAAUCGAGUACUACCGCCAGAACUCCCAGAAAGCCGUCAACGAAGAAGUUGACAAAGGAGUCACUUCUACACAAGUUUUGCAAACAUUGUGUUGCCUUUCCCUAUGUGAUAUCAUUGCCAAGCAGCCAAGGGCUUGGAUCAAUAUCUCUUCUUUGACUAGACUCGAGACCUUUCGGAGAUUAAGCCUGCAGAACUCAUAUGGACGGAUUCAAGAGGACGAAAAUAGCCUUAGAUGCUAUUGGAGUGCGUUCAUUCUGGAAAAGACGUUCAGUGCUCAGUACACCAUAUUAAACCAAACGAUACGCACACCGGAGUAUCCCCCCAGCGCUCCACAGCCAGCGCCUGUUGAUUGUAGCAGAAACUACUCACAGGACCUCACCUAUAGCGACGCAGCCAGCAAGAAAGAUGCCGGUAUCAAUGCGUAUUGCCUCAGAGCGUUGUCUCUGUGGGGCGAUAUGUCUCAAUAUCUGCAUGGAAUUAGAUCGGGCAAGAAGGAAGACCCUUGGGUGCCGGAGUCAGCUUUCCACAAAGUCAUGGCGGACUUGUUUGAGUUCGAAGCUCGCCUUGACCCGAGGUAUUUCUUUCGGAAUAUGGGUUUUUGCGAUAGAUCUCUUGCUGAGCUCGAGAAGGAUCGCGAGUUUUGGACCCCGUGGUUACUAAUGCAGUUCCUGUCUCAUGCCUCGCUGGCAGUGCUGAACCAUCCACUUAUCCACUUGAUGGGGUUUAAAACCAAUAUCCGGCCUCGCCUAUUUCUUCAACAUACAGUUGAGCAAGCCUUGUAUCAUACUGGAUGGGUGGUUCGUCUCCUAUCUUCAUGCCAAGCGCUGGGUUUCGUGAUUUACGACCCCUUCAUCGGCCAGAUUCUUGUCAGCGUGGCUACUAUCAUUUGGUUUUUUCAAUUUGCUCGAGAUGAAAGCGUGUCUAAAACCGCGGUUGAAAACAUGAACGUACUGGAAAGCCAUUUGAGUCAACUGUCCAUGACGUGGCCGCACUUACUUUGCGCGCUAGAACAACUCAGGGAACUUCAAGUCAUCGCUGAGAAUAAGAAACAUGAUAACCCAAACGAUCGGGCACAGGUCAUCUUUCAACCUCUAAAGAUUUGGAGAAUUCUUGAUCCAACCAUCAUGUGUCAAAUCCAAAGCGGUUCGCCCAUGUCAGUCGCAGACCAAGAUGACGCACAAUCAUCCAGCGAUAUGAUAAGGGUGGCGACGACGUUUGUACACCCUGUUGUUGAGGAUCAAGAUGAGCCAGGGCAGGGCUUUGCACUGGAAACUCCCUCUUACAAUUAUCCACAAGAACACCAACAAGGUGAACUUUCGCUAGAGGAAUUCCUGGGUGACUUCUUCGACCCCAGCCCUUCCUGGAACUUGUUGUGA